CCGGUGGGCGGAGCCAUGCAAAUCAAAGGGCGGGGUUUGGCCUCGGAAAGGCGGAGCCUCCUCACGGCUGACGAAUCGCGUUGCGGCGGGGGCGUGGCUUUGGGAAAGCAGAGCGCUGGGUUCGGGCGGAAGUGGGCGUGCGUUUGGGCGGAAGUGGGAGUGCGUUUGGGCGGAAGUGGGCGGGGCGCGCUGCUUGGCGGGCGUCGCGAUGGUGAGAGCGGGACCGGGGGGAUUUUGGGGCUGUUCUACUCGUUCUUCAAGUCGCUGGUGGGGAAGGACGUGGUGGUGGAGCUGAAGAACGACCUGAGCAUCUGUGGGACCCUCCACUCUGUGGAUCAGUACCUGAACAUCAAACUGACCGACAUCAGCGUCACCGACCCCGAGAAAUAUCCACACAUGCUGUCCGUCCGCAACUGCUUCAUCCGGGGCUCGGUGGUUCGCUACGUGCAGCUCCCGGCCGACGAGGUGGACACGCAGCUGCUGCAGGACGCGGCCAGGAAAGAGGCUUUGCAGCAAAAACAGUGACCCCCCCAAACACGGGGACCCCCCCGACACCCCCCCGAGCCCCCAGACCCCCCAAAACCCCGAAAAAACGGCCCAAAAUGACCCAAAAACGGCCAAAAUCCGCCCGGAAAUGCCCCAAAUCCGCCCCAAAGUGGGACACUCGGCUGCUGCGGGAUGGGGGCGCAAAGAGGGGCUGCAGGAAAAUGGGGGACCCCCCAAAAUUGGGGACCCCCCCCAGGGCCCCCUGACCCCCCCCAGGACCCCCUGAUCCCCCCCCCGGACGCCUGGGUCCCCUCCUGAACCCCCCAAUAAACCCAAUGGAUCAGCCCUGGUUGGGGGCGGUGCUGCGCCGGA